UCCGGAAGGCCACCUUUCACCCGGAAAUGGUUGUUAAGGAAUAUGGCGCUGCUGGUGAGAGUCCUUAGGAAUCAGACAAGCAUUACCCAAAGGAUUCCAAUAUGCAGCAGAUUGGUACCUGUGUCUCCUACCCAAGGACAGUGGGACAGGACUCUGUCUGGCACUUCCCAGUGGCCCCAGAUGAGCCAGUCCCAAGCCUAUGAGGGAUCAGAACAGAUUCUUGGAAUAGACAUACAUCCGAGUAGGAAAUAUCACACCACAAAUAAGCUUCCUACUACCAAGGAUUCCCCACAGCCUGUUGAGGAGAAGGUUGGUGCCCUCACAAAGAUAAUAGAAGCCAUGGGAUUCACAGGACCUUUGAAAUACAGUAAAUGGAAGAUUAAGAUUGCGGCCCUGCGCAUGUAUACUAGCUGUGUGGAGAAAACUGACUUCGAGGAAUUCUUUCUAAGGUGUCAGAUGCCCGAUACAUUCAAUUCAUGGUUUCUUAUAACGCUACUUCAUGUCUGGAUGUGUCUAGUCCGAAUGAAGCAGGAAGGCCGGAGUGGGAAAUACAUGUGUCGUAUCAUAGUUCAUUUUAUGUGGGAGGAUGUUGAGCAGCGUGGCAGAGUCAUGGGGAUUAAUUCCUAUAUCCUGAAGAAGAACAUGAUCCUCAUGACAAAUAAUUUCUAUGCAGCUAUUUUGGGAUAUGAUGAGGGGAUCCUUUCAGAUGAUCAUGGGCUGGCUGCUGCCCUCUGGAGAACCUUCUUCAAUCAGAAAUGUGAAGACCCUCGGCAGCUUGAAUUGCUGGUGGAGUAUGUGAGGAAACAGAUGCAGUACCUGGACUCCAUGAACGGCGAGGAUCUGCUUCUGACAGGAGAGGUGAGCUGGCGCCCUCUCGUGGAGAAGAAUCCUCAGAGCAUCCUGAAGCCCCAUUCCCCCACUUAUAAUGAUGAAGGUCUCUGAUGAGCUGGGCUCUCCAAACUGCUGGCCAGCUGGCUUGGAGGAACCGCCAGGAGAGAAGUGUCUCUUUGGCCCAGGACCCUGCAGAAAGUGGCCUGAACUGACCUUUGAACAGCAUCUGUCAAAUACCUGGCCCAUUUGUGUUGAGUUUCCUCUUAGUGUACCCAGGAGUCAGAUCUGGUAGGGUACAGUGCCGGGAACCCCUAGCUCUUCUGCUAUGUCCUCUCCCUCAGGAGAAGCCCCAAGCAAGAGCCACCCAGCACACACUCCCCAAGUCCCUCCAGCAACCACAUAUGAUUGACAGCUUUUCCAAAGGCCAAGGAAGGGACGGGGUAGGUUACAAAGGGGAUGUCCCACCAUAGGCCUUGUUGUGGCCCAGGAGCAGUGGGUGAUACUGCUGAGUCAAGAUGGGUAACCACACUCUGCCUCUUGGCUUUGAGCCAUUGGGUUGAGUUGGUCAUUAAAAAAAAAAAAGUCAGAGGCUUAUCUCUGCCAUGGCUCUUGUUUAUUCCAGGAUCUUUAGAAACUUAUCUGAGAUGGUAGAUGCAUAAGCUGAGGAGCACUGCCCAGUUCAGUUAAAGAUAGGGAGCGGGGGAGCUCAGGAGGGUCUCUACUGCCGCUCUUGCCUCCCUUUCAUGGAGAUAUGUCACUAUUUUGGCCAAGGUACAGCCUGCCAGGCCCAUGCUCUGGGACCCAAGAGGCCUCUGAUGGCCAAGGGGCUUGUCACAUCCUAAGUCAUUUGGAAGGAGGCCUCAAGAACAAAGGUCCCUUUGUCACCCCCAGAGAACUGAGUGAGGAACAUGCUGUGUUUCUCUUUUGGCCUCCCCUUAUAUGAGAUAUUGGGGAGCCUGGCUUGCCGGGACCAUCCCAGGUCCCAGCCCACACCCAGCUUUCUACUCCCUUCCCAACUUACAGAGCAUAUGCUACAGAGCUGCCUUGGUCUGAGCACCUGAGGACCAGUCCCCUCCUCCCUCAGAGUGUGCACAGGUCAUCUCUUGGGGAAUUUUCUUAAAGUGAAAAAAGGGGGAGGGGAACCAUAUUGCCCCUCCCUCCCCCAUCAAGCUUCCUUCAUUUAACUUGCUAUAAAAUGAGUCAUAUAAAGAAACUCUAUAUGGGUGAGGUAUAUCCCACUUCUGUGAAAACAUUACAAAUCAAACCGCCUUCUCUCAGUUUAUUUAAGAUGCUUUUGUUGCGAGUGGAGCUCUAGAGUGAAGCCUCCUGUGUAUGUGUGAGAUAAUAACACCUUGUAACUCAUUACAGCUGGGCACUAUUUACAUAAACCAGAGCUGAGCCAGGCAGGAAUUUGCUGAUUAAUUUAUUUUUAAUGGAGUGAAGUAUACCAUGCACCAAAAUAAACUUUACUGUGUGUACCUAACUGCUCCUGGAA